UUCUUCUAUCCUCUCACGAGAGGACAACUAACAGCCCCAGACCUUCAUUUCUCGAAGUCAUGGCUGGCCAUGGUGCCCCAGAAAAAGGCUCCAAUGCUUCAUGUGGCAAGCCCAUCACCCUUUCAAGCUUCUACAAUGAGAUCAUGACAGCUGCAAGUACAGCCAUCCGUCACCUUCUGAAGAUUCUCGGACUAAAAACUUCAAGCCAAGGUCCAGAUCAUAGCCCGACGGGUCCGCCACCUCCGCUGUCGAUCAGUCAUCCCUCUCCCCCGCCCUGUAACAUCACCAUCCGCAAACCAGCCAACUGGUCACUCCUCUCUCCUCAUCUCCUCAUCACCAUCGCCGAAAAACUCUUCGUGGCCGACAUCAUCCGCCUUCCUCUCGUCUGCAAAACCUGGGCCUGGUCACUCGGACUGCCACUCAACGGCUGGCCAAAUCCACCUAGCUACCGCGCAUCCUUCGUUCCCAUCCCACCCUCCAUUCCAUGGAUGCUCCUCCUGAACAAAAACAGCGAGCAAGCAGACUUCAUCUCUUUCCUCAAACUCUCCGAAAGCCAGCUUCAACUAAUCUCCCCUGUUCCAGAAAUGGUUGGCCGCCGUUGCGUCGGCGCUUCGCCGGAUGGAUGGCUGGUGACCCUCGACCUCGACCUCAAUCCCCGAGUCCUGAACCCCCUCACCCGUGAAGAGCUCCCUCUCCCUUCCCUCUUCUCCCUCUUCUCCAAUCCCGCCGAAGUCACAUUCCUCCAUGAUAACCCUGAUGGCUUCCUGGUAGGAUUCUUCACCAAGCACGCGGCCACCGGUGCAGAAAGCUAUCACGCCAGAGAAUGCUUUCGCGACGCAUAUUUCUUAAAGAUUGUUCUGACCUCCUCUCCACCUUUCGGCGUAGCAACGGUGUUUUAUGGGAUCGAAUCACUUCAGACCCAACUAGCUUUUGCCAGAGUCGGAGAUGUGGCAUGGACCCCUGUUCCGGUCUCCAGCGAGCUCUCCAGUAGAAUCGAGGAUGUGAUGUACCGUAAGGAAGAUCCGAGACUGUAUGCCGUGAACUCAUCUGGUUGUUUGAUGUUCUUCGAUCUGCAUAUAUGUGAUUGGCCGAGCGGAUUAUGGAAAUCUCCUGAACCUCUCCCAGUGAAGCCGACAGCCGUGGCGCAUAUUAAAGGCGACAUCUUUGGGAUUAACAGGCGAAGUCAUCUUGUAUUUUUAUCUGGUCGUUUUCUGCGGAUCUGUAGAAGUGUAAAUGCUUAUAAGGAUUGGGAAGCUGAAAUGUUAAGGCUUGGGCUGUCACUGGAA